GAAAGCCGGGGCGGAAGCGGCGGGCUGCAGGUAGAGAGAACUUCAAACAUUUCACGGGGAUAUCCUGACUGGAUAUGCCCGAACUGCCGUGUCCACUUACCAGUACGUCGAGUCUCAAAUUUCGAGUUUGCGUGAGGAUACUUUAUGGAGUUUGCUGCGCUGGUGUCCGAGUCCCGUUUCCGCACUUGGCGCGCCGCGCACCUGCAUGAGAAAGAAAGCAGGGGUAGAUGACGAAACGCGGACGAAACUGUGUUGGCCUUUAGCCAGCCGUACUUGUCAAGGUGUUCAUGUCGACCCCGUUGAGUGCCAGUCACGCCAGAGCUAAAUUAAAUGCUAGUACUUAAGCUUACCACCCCCUUGGAACCUAGCUCUGCUUGAAACUUGUAUUCAAUAUUGAUCACACCAGCUUGACUCCGGCUCCUGUUUGGCUAGAGGUCAUCCAAGAACGAAUCCAAGCCAAAGGUGAAGUUGCUCGCAUAUAAAACUGGUAAAAGGGCCCUGUAGCCAGCUGACCUCUAGUUUCGCAUUUGCGUACAGAAUUCCGCGCUGCUCAACUCUCUUGCUCAAAAACUCAAGCUGCUACCAACUUUCUCAGCUCACCAGGCGCGUGACUUUGAUCAUGGCUGCCUCCAGGCAGGUUUCCGUGGUGGUGGCUGGCCUGCUCCUUGCGUGCAGCUUGAUUGGGGCUCACGCUCAGCCAACCCUCCAGAAGCUGACUUUUUGGAGGAGGGACAACGAAACCUAUGGCCUGGCGCGCCACACCCCCACCUGGAGCGCAGACAAGCUCCGCAACGGUGAUACCGACACGUUCAAUGACGACUUGUAUGACGCUGACAUGAGCGACAUGACCAAGGGCAACAAGAUCGGCUACCAGGCCGGCACGUGUACCCUCACGUCAACUGCUGGGGACGGGUCAGACAGAUACGUCUACAUCUGCUACUCCAUCUUCGCGUUCGACGCGGGCCUCAUCGGCGAAGAAACCACACCCAACUCGAUUGAGACUGACAUCAUCACCUGUCAGCAAAUCUCCACUUUCCGCGAGGGCGACACCAUUUCUCUGGAGACCCUUGUCAUCACGGGGGGGGGCGGCAAGUACUUUGGAGCGCAGGGCGUCAUGCACCACGAUGAGAUCGGCGGUGUCUUCGAGGCUUACUACUACCUGCCCUACGACGUCUCCGUCGACCCCAAGGGCCUGGUCUCAAUGCCGACUAACGCCACGUCCGCUUAGACGCUCUCAUAUGGAAGCGUUCGAGAGAAGACAGCUGUGCCUGAAUCCAUGGCAUAUGGAUAUUGGCAUAUCAAAGCGUAUCGCUUUUUGCGUCAAAUUUAGAACUCGUCUCGACUCUCACGCUCUCCGUGAUCUGUCCACAUACGUCGGCGGUCAGUACUAGCGCCGGGCUCUCAUUGGCACACCAGUGGUUGAAAUCUUCUAGCUAGACAUUGACUGCCGUUGCUUCGAGGGCCCUCCAGCUUCACUCGAUUUAAGACUGGCCAAUGAUAAAUCAGGCCGGAUUGAUCCAAGCGUUCGCCAUAACCUCUUAACGCGUCACUUCACUCACCUAGGCAACUUAGAGUUCCCGGACACAAGCGCAC